GAGGAAGCGAACGGACCAAGAGUUUUUUUACCUUAUACCCUUAAUCGAGCAUGUGCAUGCUUUUCCACCAUGACCUUUCAGAUUUGUUGCAAAGUCCUCUUUCAAGCAUGUUUGUUUCUCGUUUGUGUGGUAUUCGUCAUGACCUUGAGGGCCCCUCUUAGUGUUCUGUUGUCAAAAUCUUUGCAUGCAUAUGUCAGCAUCUUCUUUUUGUUUCCCUUACACUUUUCAUAUGUCACUCUUUUUCUUAUUGUCUGUGAUGACCCUGGGGUGUUUUCUUGGGUGGGAUGAAGACUUUGAUUGGACAGCUAAACGCCCCCCCCCCCUUCCCCCAACCUGUAUAUCUAUUUAUCUUUAUCUCGAAGACAAUCUCGAGGAUCGAUACCCGGAAUUGUACACCCGUGGUUUUGUCUGGCUGUUCACCUCCUGCAGUGUUCGGAAGGUGUGACUGGAGUGAGACGGUAGGACUUAGACAGUUGCUACUACUAGUACAUUACUAUUAUAUGAC